ACCCUAUCAUGCGCUAUACUGACACUCCGCCAAUCAGCUGUUCCGAACGUGUCUAUCCUCAUAGCCAAUCGAUCUUCCAAGCUACGCUAUUGGUGUAUUUUGCCCUAUCAGUCAUUGACACAUCAAGCGACUUUGCUUGGCAUAUGUCCAUACGUGUAGGCAAUCAAUUGGUGUAUUGGCUUGCUUCGAAGCGGUGCUGUCCAGUUACGCCUUCGCGUACUUGUUUGCUUUUUGUGCUUAUCUUUGCUUGGCUUUUGGAUCGGUUUUCCGUGGUACCUACUGAAGUUCCUAUUGCUUUCUUGUAUAAGGAAACCGUUUGAGCACCACAGUUGCACCGGCAUUGAGUUUUUGACUUAUCCCGGGGAUUGCGAAUCCGUUCCGGUCUGGAAUUUCGAUAACCGGUGGCUGCGCGUAUCGCUCAAGGUUUCUAAGCGUUUUAUCGCUUACAGUGCUCAAACGAUUUGAUUUGGUGAGCCCGGUUUUACCAACACUCGGAUCUUGACUUCUGGAUUGAAUCAACGUUUGGAUUCCGCUAUGCCUUUGACGAGGAGAUCGGCGAAUAUCCUGACUUCUGUUGAAGACCCGCGGCAAGUUGAACAUGUUCCCAUUGUUGAUGAUGCCUCUUCUACUUCUGGAUCGCAUCAUAGUGUUUUAAGUAAAUCCAGCAGAAUUUCGCAUAAGGCGUUAAGGGCUCUUAAGCUAGCGGAACUCAAGAAAUUAAAGGCUGAAACUGAGAUUGAGAUAGCGAAACUGCAGCUAGAUGGCGGGGAGGAGUUAGAUGACGUUGAGCGACUCUCCCCUGCUAAAUGUAAGCAGGUGAACCGAUUCUUGGAGGAUUGUGGAAAUAGCGUGCCGAUUGAAGAGAUCCAUAAGCCCUUUGCGAGCCAGUCACAAGUGCCUUGUCGACCAUUUGUAGAACUUCCUAAGGUCGAGCUUGAAAGUUUUGAUGGUAACCCGGCUACUUAUUGGAAGUUUGUGAAACAGUUUGAGUACUUCGUCGAGGAUAGAGUCAGUGACAGUGGUCAGCGUUUAUUGUAUUUGAUUUAUUAUUGCAAGGGCAGGGCUAAAGAGGCUAUCAGUGAGUGUGUUAUGUUGCCCCCAGAACAGGCUUACGAGAGGGCUCGAAAUAUACUUCGUGAACUCUUCGGCCAGUCUCACAUAGUAGCCCGGUCAUUGAUUGACAGCUUAUUCUCCGGGUUAAGAUUGUUACCUAACGACCAAGAUGCGUUGUCUCGUUUGUCGCUAAAGAUGGAGAAUUGCUAUGUUGCGCUGUCGCAGAUGAACUUCACCGCAGAUUUAAACUCUGUGACCACCAUCGAGCGGCUGGUUCGUGCCCUGCCGGGCAGCUUGCAAUCAAGGUGGGCAAGGGCAGCGGACGUAAUCGUCCAAGAGGGUCGAGACGUUCUCUUCAGAGAUCUCGCUGACUUUGUAGCUGCUGAAGCCCGAGUUGCCCGUAGCAGAUUUGGGCAAAUAGCCAACUCCAGCGCUUUGAGAAAUCAAAGCACCGUGCGACCGUCCAGAGCGAAGGAUAAAGAAAUGGAGUACAAUGUCUCCUUAUAUACUGUUGCUGAUCAGUCCAGCCAAAAUGUCUGUACAGUUUGUGACGAUGUCCAUAGGACGGAAUCGUGCCCAAGGUUCCUGGCGUCCGAGGUUCCCGUUCGUUGGGAGCUCAUCAGAACUAAGGGCGGAUGCUAUCGAUGUCUCAAUCUCGGUCACCGAGCUGUAGCUUGUCAUGGGAGUAAAGGAUGCGGGCGAGCCAAUUGUAAGGGUAACCACCACACUCUGUUACACACAGAUCGAAGGCCAAGACAAGGUUCAGGCGUAUCGGACUCUCCGCCCAAGGACCCGGGCAGUUGCCACGCUGUCUCUGCUGAUGCCGGGAAAAUUGCUCUGGGAAUUGUACCGGUGCGGCUAGAAGGACCUUUGUUUUCUGUUGAAACAUACGCUUUACUUGACAGCGGCUCCGACGUAAGUCUGGUCCAGGACGAUCUACUGCGAGAGGCUGGUGUUGAAAUAAAUCCGGUUUCGCUGAAGAUGCAAACAGUGAGCGGUACUAGUUGUCUGGAAUCCGGCGUCGCCAGUUUUCGUUUGCUGUCGUUGGACGGUAAUGAGUCGAUUGAAGUGCGACGUGCUUAUUGCUUGAACCGUUUGCCCUUGCGUCCAGUCAAGGAAUCUGUUAGUCAGGUAGCAGCUCGAUGGCCACAGCUAUCGACCGUUGAUUUCCAAGAGCUGAAGGAUUCCCGCGUUAGAAUACUUUUGGGAGCUGAUGUUCCAGAGGCACAUUGGCAGAUAGAACAACGACUCGGAGGUCGUGGUCAGCCCUUCGCGACAAGGACCCUACUUGGAUGGAUAAUGUUGGGUCCUGUAGAUGGGAGCCGCCAAGCUCACGUGUCCAUAAAUUAUGUACGAGGGGAUGAGUUAUCGCUGGAAGAGAGAUUAAGGCCUUCGUAUGACGCUGGAUUCGAAGAUGUUGACUCGAACACCCGCGCACUCUCCGUUGAAGACAACGCCGCGUUGUCGAUAGCGAAAACUUCCGUACGGCUUGUAGAUGGGCAUUUCGAAGUGGCCCUUCCUUGGAGAAACAAGAACGCGGUGGUUGCACACAAUUACGAGUCUGCUCGGUACAGAUUGCAGUGCUUAAGCAGACGAUUGUUGAGUAAUCCGGAUCUCCGAGAUCGAUAUGUGACAGCAAUGAAGACGAAUAUCACGAAAGGUUAUGCCCUUCCAGUGCCUCCUUACCAAUUGCAGCCCCACUAUUCUCCCAUGUGGUAUUUACCACACCACGCCGCUAUCAAUCCAAAGAAACCUGAAAAGCUUAGUGUGGUCUUUGAUUGUGCCGCAAAAUAUAGAGGGGUUUCUCUAAACGACCAGUUGUUGCAAGGUCCCGAUACCACUGCGAACUUGGUCAGUAUACUGCUGCGCUUCGGGGCUGAGAGAGUAGCUAUAUCCGCUGACAUUGAAGAUAUGUUCAUGCAAGUGAAAGUGCCGAAAGCUGACAGGGGCGCGUUACGUUUUCUUUGGUGGAAAAAUGACGAUAUCGGUUCAGAAGUGAUGGAAUAUCAAAUGACAGCGCAUCCCUUUGGCGCGACUUCAUCCCCUUUCUGCGCUAAAUUUGCCUUGUGCCAAACCGCCGUUAUGUGGGGACCUCACUACAAUGCCAAUGUGGCGGCGGUGGUCCGCCAUAAUUUUUAUAUCGAUGACCUUUUAAUUGCGUCGCCGUCGGUGUCUGAAGCCAUACCUUUUGUAGCCCAAAUCAGAGAGAUGUUGAAUAAGAUCGGGUAUGGCGCAGUCGCGUACGUCAGAUUUCGCGCUGGCGAUCUCACACUGUGUUCUUUACUCUAUUCGAAGUCUAGAGUAGCGCCACUGAAAGCUAUCUCUAAACCACGGCUGGAGUUGUCUGCGGCAGUUCUCGCUAUCCGAGUGUUUGAGAGCGUUCGUGAAAGGGCCCAAAUGAAAUUCGAGCGAUUUUGGUUUUGGAUCGACUCCACCAUAGUUUUAUAUUACAUUAACAACACGUCUGGCAGGUUCAGCACUUUUGUGGCCAGUCGACUGUCGACCAUUCACGCGUUUUCGACACCCUGUCAGUGGAGAUCCGUUAAUUCCGGAUGUAAUCCUGCUGAUCCGUUAUCGAGAGGCGCGUACUCCACGGUGCGAUUGGAUAUUUGGUUUAGAGGACCGCGGUUCUUGGCGAGCGACGAAGAUGAAUCGCCUAAUUUCGCUCCACUGGUCGAGCCUGAUGAAGUUGAAUUCAAGCGUUCGACUGUCCAAGUAUUUGCCACUUCAAGCGAGACACCACUGUCCGCCUUGCUUCGCGAGUGCUCUGAUUGGAUUAAAUUGUUAAGGUCAGUCGUGUGGCUUACACGAUUCGUGAGGUAUUUGAAGAAUCGCGUAUACGAAACCGAUAAUGACACACGGCGUACGGUGUUGAUCACUCUUGAUGAAUUCAACAAGACAGAGGUUGACGUUAUUAGGAUGACGCAGAACGAAGUUUACGAAGCUGAGUUAAAACGGCUUGAAGAUGCUAAAGAAGGAGCGUCGACUCUUAGAAGCAUAGCGCGCCGGAGCGGUCUGAUGCGACUUUGUCCCAUACUAUGUGGAGGGUUGCUGUGUCUGGGAGGACGAAUGGCUUAUUCGGAAUAUAAAAAUUCCUUCAAGUUUCCUGCAAUAUUACCUCCCAAGCAUCCAGUGACUGCAUUGUUUUGGAAAAGAUGGAUUAGAGAAUAUUUGCCGGUGUUACAAGCUAGACAGAAAUGGCUAUAUCCGCGCCGAGGUUUCAGGCCAGGAGACGUGGUUUUAGUCGCUUUUGAAGCUAUCACGCGCAGUGUGUGGCCCCUAGGCAUCGUAGACAGAUGUGUGACCUCAGAAGAUAGGCUCGUCAGAACAGUGCUGGUCAAGACGAAGGAGGGUUUAGUCAAGAAGGAUGUGAGAAAAAUUUGUUUGUUAGAGGGCAGCGGUUCGGAGGAGGGUGUAGUUCCGGCUGUUGACUCUCCGCAGGCGGGAGACGGGUUUUCGAGCCUGUCGCACCAGGGAGGACCGCUGUGAGUUCAACAGUCGAAGUGGGAGGCCUCUGGCGUACCGGUGUAAGUCCUUUGGCCUCCCAGCGUGGAUGGAGCGGAAGGGAUAGGCGAUCCAGAGUAGAAUGCAUCGCGAUCCUAUGAAAAUCCUGACCGGAUUUUGGCGGGGAGUGUAUCAGAGAGCUCAAUUUGUCCAGUCGUUUGGAACUCUCACCACAUUGUUUCUCUACAACUCCCUAUUAUGGACAGCCCAUUUCCCUUUGAAUGUGCCAGGACCCCGGCUGCUUGUUUUACCUACCCCUUGAACAUUGAUAAACCAUUCGACCUUGUUCUUCUAACCCACAUUUCGCUUUUGCACCCUUCAUCAUGUGAUGUGCUAGUUACCGAUGUCCCAUCGCAGACCUCGCAGGCAUCCUUACCCUAUCAUGCGCUAUACUGACACUCCGCCAAUCAGCUGUUCCGAACGUGUCUAUCCUCAUAGCCAAUCGAUCUUCCAAGCUACGCUAUUGGUGUAUUUUGCCCUAUCAGUCAUUGACACAUCAAGCGACUUUGCUUGGCAUAUGUCCAUAAGUGUAGGCAAUCAAUUG